AUACAUGUGGCGCCCCCUCGUGGUCAGUCUGUACAAUAACAACUGCAUGCAGCUCAGAGUUUGGGGUCUUUUUCUUCUAUAAAUGGCCUUUAAAUUAGUGUCCAGACUGUGUGCGUUGACCCUCAGAUUGAACGGUGGUCCGACCGCCUUCAGCUCGCUGAGCUCCGGCUGCAGUUUAACGGUGAAACACGACCGACAGAAGCAGCUGUUCACCGUCGCUCCGGGCAGCGGGGCUGGGUCCCACCAUGAGUGCGCGGUGCUGCGCUACAGAUUCACCGGGGAGAAGGAGGUGGAUCUGAUGUCGACCUUUGUGCCGGAGACCUUCAGGGGUCAAGGUGUCGCUGCAGUGCUGUCGCAGGCUGCUAUGGACUUCCUGGUUGAAGAAAACCUCAAGGCUCACGUCUCCUGUUGGUAUAUAAAGAAAUACAUCGAGGACGACCCGCUACAGCGUUAUAAAGAGCUCGUCAUCAGUUGACUGCAGACGAUUAUAGAAACGCUUCAUCAAUCUAUAGAAGCUGUUUCUGCCGAUGUGACAGAAAGAAAAAUGAUUCUGUAAAUCAUUAUAAUCAGAAACUGUCUCCAAAAAAUAUCAAAUUAUUCAAAAUAUUGAGAAUAUUUUACAUGAAUUAGAACGUUUCUCAUUAAGUCAUUUGUUUUGAGAUACUGGAUCCUUUUUUCCAUAUCAAGCCAAUGUAAAUUAGGCGGUAUAAUAUUAUUUUAAUAUCCACUAAAUGUGAGUAAAGUUACUCAAAAUCUCCUGAAGGAAUCAAAGAUGUGAGGAUUAAGUCAAUACAGGAUAUUGAUUUUAUUUUGUCAACCUGUAACUGUUAAAUUGCUCUUUUUUUAAAUAUAUUGUAAUUUUUUUUAAUUGUGUGUCUGUAUAAAGUAAUAAUAUUUAUUAAUUAGUCAAUGUUGGAACAAGACAUUAAAAUAUUCAUUAUCAUGCCAUAAUGUUUAUAUAUUGAUGAUGUCUGCACACGGUGAUAAAUGUGUUAAUUGAUAAUU